GUCAAGGUCAUAUUUCAACCAUAGACAAAUAUGAAUACAUAAACACUCUUGCUUAGACGUGGUUCGCAGAAAUAAGCAUGUGACUUGUUGAAUUCUACACAGUUGCACUUGGCCAAACGCCUUUUUAUGACUUGAGGAUUUCUUAAUGAGCAUACUAAGGAUGGCCAACAUUCUUUGCACAGCCUUCUUUAUGUACAUACAGAACCCUGCUAUACGUAUAACAGGGUUUCUACUAAUAAAGUUAUUGACACCUACUAGUGGCUAGGUCCUAAUCUUCAUUAACCAAAAGUGAUUUAGUGGACCAAGGAAGACAAUAUAAGUUCAGUUUAUAGAAUAUUUUCGAUCCUUCAAACAAAAGUAAAAUUAUCCUAAUAAAUUAGAGAUUACUUUCAUGAAUGCGUGCUCAUUAGUGAUAUUUUGCUUAUGCUGGCCACUUUUUUCCAUCUUAUAGGUUAUGCAGUUUUGACUGGAUAUCGUUUCAUCUACUGAACUUGUAUCUAUUAACAAUUUGUCUGCUCAAACUGAGGUGAUUUUCGCGUUGGUGUUGAUUUGAUCGAAAAAGCUUAUGCGCCAGAUGUUUGUACUCGAAGUUCAUUUGCAGCUAUAUUGAUUUCAAGAAAUGGACUAUAUGAUCAAAAAAUACAGUAAAAGUCUCAUUAAGUACAUAAAUAAACAUUGUGACUACAAGAUAUCAAUUUUGUCCAAGUUACCAUCAAUCAUUAUUGCCUUUCUUGGUAUUAGUCUAUUUCUACAUGGUUUUUUAUUGAAUCGAACUGAGCUCUACAAUGAGACAAAUGAAAAAUUGAAAUUAUCAUUGAAGUAUCCUUCAACUUUUGCUAGAAAUGGUCGAAUUAUCCUUUUACUUGUUGAUGCAUUGGGUUAUGCACUUGUACAAGACAAUACUGAAAAUAACCAAUUAUUACCUGGUCAUAUUUCAUCACAUUCCCAAAAUCGAUAUCAUCCACUACUUGAUAGUUUAUCUAAAGCGGUAUUUAUUGGAAAGUUUAUCGCAGACCCGCCGACAACCACGUUACAACGUUUAAAAGCUUUAAUGACUGGGAGUAUGCCAACAUUUAUUGAUGCAGGUUCAAAUUUUGGCGGAAGUAAAGUACUGGAAGAUAAUUUACUAAAACAGUGGAAUAAAGCUGGAAAACAAAUUCGAUUUGUUGGUGAUGAAACCUGGAUUGAUCUAUUUCCUGAUAGUUUCAGUCAUUAUAAAGCUUACUCAUCGUUCAAUGUGAAAGAUUUGGAUACAGUUGACCGAGGUGUUGAAAACUACUUUCUCCAUGCCCUUAACGGUACUGCAUGGGAUUGGGAUAAUGGAGUUGUUGACAGUCAAACACCACAAACUCAUUGGGAUAUUCUUAUUGGACAUAUGCUGGGGAUAGACCACUGUGGUCAUACAUAUGGACCUGCACAUCCAGAGAUGACGCGAAAGUUAAAUGAACUAAACAGUUUUAUCAAACGUAUUGUUUCUAAACUUCAAUCUUCCGAUAUUCUAUUUGUUUUGGGUGACCAUGGAAUGACACGAUCAGGUGAUCAUGGUGGAGAUAGUGAUGCAGAACUGGAAGCUGCUUUCAUCGUUUUUACUGCUGAUCAGAGUUCAUUUGUCAUAAAAGAUGAUUCAGAGAAUCAAACUAAUAGACGAUUAUAUCAAAUAGAUCUUGUUCCAACUUUAUCAUUUCUAACUAAUGUUCCAAUACCCUAUUCGAAUUUGGGCAUACUAUAUGACCAUCUUCUAGGGUAUGGUGCUGACCUUCACCAGGGUAUGGUAUUGAAUUUUAUACAGAUGUUCACUUAUACUGCAAAUUAUUUUUAUAAUAUAAGUAAAUUACCAUUAUCUCCUAUACUUAUGUCUUAUAUGAAUCGUAUUAUAUAUAAUUCAACUUAUGAUUGGAUAGAACAAUUCAAUGAUAUACAAUUAAUAAAUAUACUUCAUGAAUUACAAUUUAUAUUUCGUAUACAUUGGACUCAAUUCAAUGAUUCAUUGAUAUUGUUUGGUAUCCUUUUAACAAGUUAUAGUUUGAUUAGUCUUUUAUUAUUAAUUGAAAAGAAUUCCAAUAUUCCUAUGAUACAUAUCCAUAAUGGUUUCUUAUUAUUGACAUGUAUUUUAUCAUUUUUUUCAAAUAUAAAUAUAUACUACUUAAAUCUUUUAUUAUUCAUCCUCAUCUCAUAUGUUAUCAUUAAACAUUAUAAAUUUCCAAAGUUAAUAUUCAAUAAUAACUUUAUUGGUUUCUUGUUAUUAUUCUUAUUAUCUUUAAGUUAUUUAUCAAAUAGUAUGAUUAUCUAUGAAUUUCAUAUCACUUUCUAUUUUAUUCAAAGUUUAAUUGUGAUAUUUCUAAUUUGUUCAUUCAUUCAUAUCAUAGAUCAUACUGAUAUUAUGACAUGGUCAUUUCCUUGUCUUCCAUUUAUAAUGAUAUUUUAUUCAAGUAUAUUAUUAUUAUUUCGUUUAUUGAUUAGACAUUUUCUAAUUUGUCGUGAAGAAUUAACUUAUAGUUCUGCAUGUCAAUCUAUACUUGAUCCAUGGAUUAGUAAAUCUUUGAAUAAAUUAAAUCCUAUUUAUGAAUUUUAUCCAAUUAGUUGGAUACGUGUAACAUUUGCUUGUUUUAUGUUAAUCAUUUGUUUACGUAUGUAUUGGCGAUUAUUGUUUAAAUAUUUAAAUAUCUAUAUUGGUAUUAAUCAAUCGAAUAAAGUUAAUUGGAGGAAAUUAUGUUUAUUUAUAUUAAUUGGUAGUUUAUUAUCUUUAUUAUGGAUGGUGGAUUCUGCGGAAUCAAUGAAUUGGAUUAGAUUCAUUCCAAAACAUAAAUUGCAUACAGUUCGAAUUUGGAUUGCUCGCAUUCUCUUGAUGACUAUAUUCUACAUAUUUUUCCAACUUCUAAAAUCUCCAUUUCAACUUAUUCAAUCGAUAAAUUUUAUAAAAUCUAUACAGUCAAAUGAUUGUAAUCAAUCCAUUCAAAGAAGUGUUCUCUAUUUGUACACUUUAUGGACAAUGACAUGUUUAACAGUUUUACCAUUACUUUCUCUACUUGUUUUCCUAAAUGAAUUUCAUAUAAUUUGGUUAGUUUUCAUAAUUAUAUUCGUUCAAAUACAUAUACAUGCAACUAAUGUAAAAUGUAAUCAUAUGGAUAAAUGUAUUAAAAAUUCAUUACAGCUUCAUGUACCUCAGAACAGCAUCUCAUGGAUUAUUGCAAUAUUUCUUUGCUUGUUAGAUAACUUAUCUUUUUUUAUAACUGGUCAUCAACCAACAUUAUCUGGAAUUCCAUGGGAUGCCGCUUAUGCUGCAUAUGAAGGUGACCAUAAUACACGAUGGUUACCAGGAUUGACUGUUCUCUUGCAUUUAUAUUCAGGUCCUAUAUUAAUUGCUUUCAGUAUGCCAACGAUUCUUAUUUUAUCUGCACGCCUUCAUCAUGUCCAUGGGACAGUGAUCCAUUCCCAUCCUAACAAUAGCCAAAAUACUGGUUUUUACAGAUUUGUUGAUGCUUUGGAUUUAUUCAUUUGGAGAUUUAUUAUUAGUAAAAGUGUGUUAACUUUAGGUUGUAUGCUAAGUACUGGUUUAUUACGUCGUCAUUUAAUGGUAUGGAAGAUAUUUGCACCACGUUUAUUAUUCUCUAUUUUAAGUUUAUUUAUAUCAGUUGUAUGUCUUCCAAUGAUUCGUUUUUUAUUUGUUUAUUGUUUUCAUAAUAGAAUUUGUAACAUUUUACAAAGUAAAUUUAAUAUAAAUAUGUGUGUAUAGGGCUACAUAUGUUUGUCAUUGUAACUACAUUUUCUCUGUUAAUCUAUUUAUAUAUUACUUAUUUACUUAAUUAUGCCUGUUACUCCCAACGGAGCAUAGGCUGCCAACCAGCAUUCUCUAACUCACUCUGUCCUGGGCCUUAUUUAUAUAUUGGCUUUAUUCAAAAUCCAUACUUACAAUGUUUGACUUGUUGUCGUUGUUGUUUAUGUCAUCGUCAAUAUCAGUAAAUUUGAUUUUGAAUGCAUAGUUUCUGUUUUAUAGUUAUUACUGUCUUUCGUUUUUGAUACUUACGCCUGUCACCCCCCGCCCAUGGAGCAUUGGCCACCGAUCAGCAUUCUUUAAUCCACUAUGUCCUGAAUCUUCCUUUCUAGUUCUAUAUAAUUGUUGUGUAUUUUUCUCAUAUCUGCCUCCGUUUCUCGACGUAAUGUGUUCUUUGAUCUUCCUCUUCUCCUUUGACUUUGAGGGUUCCAUGUCAGAGCUUGCCUUGUGAUGUAGUUGGUUGCUUUCCUCAAUAUGUAUCCUAUCCACUUGCAGCGCUUCUUCUUAAUUUCUUCCUCCACUGGAAUCUGGUUUUUCUCUCUCAUAUUAGGUUGUUGCUGAUAGUGUUUGGCCAAUGGAUCCGAAGUAUGUUGCGUAGACAACUGUUAAUAAACAUUUGUAUCUUUUGGAUGUUGAA